CGCACCUUUUGCUAUCCUGUGACAACUGGGUGAUUCACUGUCCACCUAUAGCGGCGAGAGAGACACGGAGUUAAAAAAAAUCGCCUCAGGCAAGCAAAGUCCCAAAGUGUGUGCAUCCUGUUCAAGAUCAGAACUGCCUCCGUUGGGCGCGGGGGGAGCACGGUGGUGUCCGUUAUGAUUGGUCUCCGAAAGAGGCAGAUCUUUCCGAUGCUGCCAGCAAAAAGAUACCAGAGCCACCGAUAGAAAAAAAGAACGAAGAGAACUUCUAACUCGGUCGAUACAGCGUCUACGGCGUUCCAAUAGCGGAAGAGUCUGGUGAUAGUGACAGCUAACAGUCCGUGGGCGUGGGUUUGCGGCCGGUGCGUCGAUGACCUCCGGUGUAAAGUGGUUCAGUAUAUCGGAUAGACGCAACACACCUGUACGUUCGCAUGAACCCAUUCGGCCCAAACAUUCUCAGAAAAAGGGAUCUUCUGUCCACAGAAUCGAAACGAGGCAAAACAAAGGGAAACCAAACUGGCUCUGGAUGCAAUCUCGGUUCGCACGACCGAAACAUGUUGUCGCCUCCGACGCUCGUGUAUCAGCGUUGUAAACGCACCCAUGUUGUCUUGCUCUUGUGAAUAAGAUCAGAAAACAUUCCAGCGAAACAAAGAAGCCUCUAAAUCGGACCAUAGGUCACGUUUCUUAGCGAUAGACUAGGAGCAAUUUAAGUGUCCUGAGGCGGCGACCGGCUCCUCGUAUCGCGUUCUCGAAAGUGCUACACGCAGCGUCUCGGAAUCUUCGUGCUUCGCUUUUGUUCAUUGGCGGUGCUUGUCGCCACAUUUCUCUUUUAGUUGUAACCAUUCCAUUCAUUUAUUUGGCGUGAGGGUGCAGGCGCGUAGUGAGGCUUCCCGUCUUUUUGUUUUUGUGCCAGCGCCAGAACACCCUUCAACAGAUUUGCCUGUGGAUGCUGGGAGUGUCUGCAGGCAAAAUACAGGACCCUUUGUUUUUCGCGUUCUCGAACUGUCUGUUCCCGUACAGGGGGCCAAUAUGAAAGUAGCCUGAGCCGCUACAAACAGAAUUUGAUAAGGGAACGAGGGCGCUCGAAGAAAAAAGUCAGAGACGCAAAACAGCAUGCGUCUUCUCGGAUCAUACGCUACAGAAAAAAUGCGUUGCUAACGCGAGUUGGGAACGAACGGCACAAAACGGAGCGGGGUGCUUUUUCCGAAAGUAGUGUGCGUUCAGUUCCAAACGUCUGUGAAAUGCGCCUUUUUCGCAUGCUGUGCAGUGCUUGUAGCAUGAAUCCGUCAGCCGUCAUCCUUUGUGUUAUUCAUUUUGGACGAACUCUUGAUUAUUUUUUUUUCGUUUUAGCUAAGUGGGCGGCUUCAUCCUGUUGUUGUCCACGUGCAGCAUCGAAACAGAUAGGUUGUUGUUUGAUGCAUGUUCGUAGGUUCACUCUUUGCGUACGCACUUGCGUGUAUGUGUGAAAAAUAUUGUGAUCCGCUCGCUGCAAGGAAACAAUGGCUACGAUGCGGUUCCGCUUCGUUGCAUUUUCAUCGAAAGCCACACACUGGCUGUUUUCAUAGAAUCCUGGGAUAUAGGGAGUGCAAAUGUUUGCCGGUUUGAUGCUCCUCGGCUCGCUAUGAACUGGUUGAGGAAUGAGGGGGAGUUACCAUGGCGAACGACAAAAAAGGGCCAACGCCAAAUGCGGCAACAACCAAGACCGAUUCACUCUUCCCGACAGGUUGCAUCUCUUGCGGGAUUUUGACAGGAGCCGUCUCUUCCACUCUCUUCACCCCGUUCGACAGAGCUUUGUAUCUCUCUGUCACGGCUCGGCGGCCUAUCUUCGAUCGACGAAAUUGGCUAAGACCGUACCAAGGUGUCCUGAACACAUUCACAUCUCGGGCGAUUAACACUGGACUCUACUAUCCUCUCGAAAGCAUCUUCACAAAUGCCUUAUCCUCUUUAUACACUUCCCCUGGAGGUUUGAAGGAUACAGAGUCUCAGCGGCAAGCGCAAGUUGAUGCUGAGGGGGUCGGUCAAACAAAAAUCAGUCAGAAGGAUGCAGAAGGCGUCUUGUCCUAUCCCACCGCGGACGAACCAAACAGCGGCGAGGCUCCGGCUACUCCCAAAUGGAUUUUCCUGGCAGCCGGUCAGCUUGUCGGUCUCACGAGUGCAGUCGUUUGCCAUCCCAUUAACAUGUUGAAGUGUGCGAGCUGGAGCGGCCACAGCGAUACGUCGUCCGGGGCUUUCUUCCAGUUUGUCCGCCGUGGAGGCGUUCGGCAACUGUAUCGUGGCAUGGGGCCGACGAUGAUGAGGGAAGCAAUGUUUGGCGGAAUUUUCAGUCUCCUUCGCCACGGGUACGGGUUUUCCUCCUCAGGCACUCCGCCAGUGGACACGAACCGGCCCUCUACGUGUGAUUCUACUUCAUCUGAUCCACCAACACCCGCUCAACAACCUUCGGAUAUGCAGAGCGUGGCCAUACUGGAGGUGUGCAAUCCGUUCGUCGAGAACUUCGUUGCUGCCGCAAUUGGAGUAGUGUUUUCUUCUCCGUUCAACUACGCACGCAAUAUGCAGCUGUCUACACCGAUAGGUGCGCCGACACCCACAACCUGGUCAACGUUGGGCGAUCUGUGGAGAGAAGCUUUUCAUUCAGCGAGCGCUGACGGAAACACACCGUGCGACCGGAGAAGCAACAGCGGAGUUACUGCAAAAAGAGGGGCUUUUCCGCAGCUGCCAAAGUCGCGCACUGACACCAGUGUUUCUCCGUCGACGAAGAAUGUCGCUGAUGCAAUCCCUCAAGACAUUCAACGGAAAGUGCCGAGAUGCCUCGUCCGCCACCCCACUGUUCGCGGUGUUGUCAUUAUCGCAGAUCGACUGCGUAUCGGAUGGGGAUCCGUGAGGGCGUCGAUAGGCAUGAGUAUUGGGGCAGUUGUGUACGGUGCUUGCUUGAACCAUCUAGUGCCUCUGACAGGUGGUUUCUGCAUGCCUUAAAAUUAUGGUGCAGGAGACAGCGAGUAUGGUGCAUAGCAGGUGUGAUGUCACGUUUUCGACAGUUCUCCGUUGAGAAUCCUGAUUCUGGGUUUCCCUUAAGGCAAAUGGCACUUUACCUAUCUUGCCGUUGUCUAACUUAGGAACGAUCCGCCGUUCGGUCCCGUACGCCACACGCUGUAGCAACGCACAAAUGACCCAUUGCUGGCUGAGGCUUCCUCUGCCACUGUGAAGAAAGAUCGCACAUGGUU